AUGUCUACCUGGAGGGUGGUAGUCCUGAUGGCGUUGUGCUUCCUGCGGCAGACCAGAGGUCAUGUUCAACCUCCCCCUCCUCAAAAUGUUACACUGCUGUCAAAGGAUUUUGCCAUGAUUUUGACAUGGGCUCCAGGAGAAGAUUCUCCACCAGACGUGACCUACACUGUGAGAUAUGAAAGCAAGGAAUCUAUGGGCAAAUGGAGAAAGAUUCCUCACUGCAAAAAUAUUCACAGAACCUCUUGCAAUCUGACUUGUGUGCUUCCAAGCCUCUUUGUCAAAGUCCGGGCUCGAGUUAAAGCUGUUUCUGGAGAGUUCUCAUCACCAUGGGUAGAAUCCCAAUUCAAGGAAUACUACUUGGAUGCGGAACUGGCACCCCCAGUGCUACACGUGGAUGUGAAGGAGCACUUAAUCCAUGUGAAUGCCUCCUUCCCUCUGGCCACCUGUGUGGAGAGUGUCCCUUGGACCUAUGACUUGUACCUGUGGCAAGCUGGAUCUGAAUACAAGAAGAAAUAUGAAGGUAUCUUUAGGAAGAAAACAUUGUCUAUCAACACCACUGCACUUGAAGGCAACUACUGUUUAAGUGCCAGAUCCUCCUACCAAAGCAUUGAGUUCAAGUACAGCGAGUUCUCCGAACCAGUGUGUGUGCUGUUACACCACAAAGGGAAAUGGAAGUUGUCAUUUUCUGCCACAAUCCCUGUGUUUGUCCUCCUCAUCCUUCCAUCAAGUGCCUUCAUCACCUGCUUGCUGAAACAACAUGCUAAGCAGAAGAUGCCUGAUGCUUUGGAUUUAUCUCAUUUAAAAGCUGCUGGACGAGCCUUUCACUAUGAGCCCAGUGAAAAGGAAUUCUUCAGGGACUAUCUCAUCUGCACAAAGAAGCCAGUGUUCCAAAGGGAGACAAGCAAAACUUCAGCAAAGAACAAGCUACCAUGGAUGGCUUCUUUUAUCUCAUCAUCAUCUUCAGAAGAAGAAGAAGAGGAAGAAGACAGCAGUACUUUUAUCCCAUACACUGAAAUGCACUUUGCAAAGAGACACCUCAACUGUCAACCAUCCGGAAGAGGUCAGGAGGAAAAUAGCUUGGAUUCUGGAGCUGGAGGUCUCUCUUUGGAGAGUGAAUCUGUGCUUGACCUGAGUGCCUUGGGUUUCUCGUUCUUUCCAAUGAGAAAGGAUGAGGUGGACACCUCAGGAUCCCAAGGAAAUGAGAAGUCAUCCCUUUCUCACAGUUCCUCUUUGGGAAGAGUAUCCCUCACUGAUGUGAGAUUCCCAGAUCUCAGGGAAUAUGGUGAGCAUGAUACGGACAGGGAUGAAUGCCUGGAAAUGACCCCUCUUCAAACACAGAUGGAGAGGAUUUGUGACAAACUUAGCACUGAUGAGCACUACCUGCAGAGGAAGGAUCAUCAUUUCACCAAGUAUUACCAGAAAUCACCAGAUGAUCUGCAUGUCCAGAUGGGUGAGAUAUCACAGCUCUAUGAGGACCCCAGCACCAAGCUGCUCUUUUCCUUUCAGAGAUCACAGGUGGCAGAAGAUGAAGGCAUUGCAAGUGACUGUGAUAGUGAUAAUUCUACUGAGGGGACACCUCCUGCAUCCAUGGUGCUCAGUGAUGCAUUUGAAACUUCAAAUAUCGAGAAAAAAUAUGAUCACAAGUUUAAAUUCAAAGGCUAUGAGCAGACCCAUUACAUGAGGAGGAGCUAG